AAGCAUAGCCACUCCUCAAAACUGAAUCCCAUUCAGCCUACAACCAUGGAAGAAUUCACUUAUAAAGAAAAGGUGGGAAAUCUUCAGUCGGAGUUGCAACGGUUAGGUAAGGAGAAUGAAAAUCUAAGAUUCAUCCUAGAAGUUAUGACCAGUGGAUGCAAAAUCCUUCAAGCCCAACUCCAGAAUAUAAAAGAAGAUCAAAUUAGAAGUGUCCUAAUAGAGAAUGAACCAAGAUAUGAUUCAGAAAAGAGGGGGAGGACCCAUGUUUCAGUGACCAAGCCUUCACAAAUUUUCUUCAGAACCGACCCAAAUGACAAGAGCUUGAUGGUGAACGAUGGAUUUCAAUGGAGAAAAUAUGGCCAGAAGGUCACUAAAGAUAAUCCAUCACCUCGAGCUUAUUACAGAUGUUCAAUGGCUCCCUCUUGCCCAGCCAAGAAGAAGGUAUAUUCAAAUCCUUUAUUGUGA